AUGAAUAAUCAAGUGGUUCACAACAAUCGAAUCAGAGAAAAUCUUGGUGAUAAGGUUGAAUUGCAGCCUCCUAGGGUUGUUAAUGUGGCCGCUCAGGUUCAUAGUGGUAAUCUAAUAGGAGAUGCAAAGAGGUUGAAUCAGAAGGCCAUUAUUCUUCCUCCUCUACCUUCAGGGAAUACAUUUGUGGUAACCAGCAGUCUGAUACAAAUGCUUACAACAAAAGGGUUGUUUUCUGGUCUAGCUUCGGAAGAUCCACAUGGUCAUAUGGCUAAGUUGAGAAGUGUCUGCAACAGUUGUGUGGGACGACCAGAAUUGGAUAUAAAUGUCAUAGGUUUGAGAGUCUUCCCUCUGUCAUUGACCGGUGAUGCUGUAGUGUGGUUUUCUGAGCUUCCAUACAAUUCGAUUCAUACAUGGGACCAAUUGCAUAGAGUGUUCAUGGCGAAGUAUUUUACGGUGUCUAAGAAGCUGAAUCACAAGGAUAAACUGAACAACUUUGUAGCACUGCCUGGAGAGUCUGUAAGCAAUGAUGAGUCACUGAAGGAGUACUUUUGCAGAGGACAUGAUGACAAUGGAAAAGAUGUGCUAGAUAAUAUUGCUGGAGGAUCAUAUGAAAAGGUGAAUGCGGUAAACUACCUAACUAGAGCUCCACCACCACUAGUUGAGGAAUGUUACGAUGAAGAGGAUGCAUAUUUGAACAGGAAUAACUAUGGCAACAUAAAUGAUCGAGUCGGACCCUAUGUUCCAUCUGGUAGAGAAUCUGGUAAUAGAGAAGCUGGUAGUAGUAUGACUCGCAUUGACGAUAUGAUGCAGAAGAUGAUUAAGAGGUUUGAUGCAACUGAUGAAAAUAUGAGAGAGAUGCGUACUAAGUUGUCCGGGAUUGGUCAAAAAGUUGAUACCCAUGCAGUGUCGAUCAAGCAACUUGAGAAGCAGUUUAGUCAGUUAUCCGCCACUGUGAAUCCACUCCAACUUGGCACACUUCCUAGAAACACCGUCCAGAAUCUGAAAAAUGGUGGGUAUUAUAUGGUAAUCACAACUCGUAGAGGAAAACAUACUAUAGAUUCCCCCAUGACAUCUGAGGUUGAAAGAGUGGUAGAAAAAGAUGCAGAUGAGAUUGAGGUUACUGGAAAGACGAAAGAUGUUGCAGAAAAGGAGGUUGAGUUGACUCAGAUAGUUGUUCCCAUGCCUAGACCUCCACCUCCCUUCCCACAGAGAUUAGUGCAAAAGACCGAAGAAGGAAAAUACCGCAGUUUCAUAACUAUGUUGAAACAGCUUUCCAUCAAUCUCCUGUUGAUAGAAGCUUUGGAGCAAAUGCCUAGGUAUGCAAAGUUCAUGAAGGACUUGGUGACCAAAAAAAGGGCUGUCAGUUUUGAGAAUGAUGAGAAGUUGCAGCAUUGUAGUGCCAUUUCUUCGAGGUCACUAGUGCAAAAUAAAGAGGAUCCCGGAGCUUUCACUAUUCCUUGCACCAUCGGUAAGAUGCACUUUGCGAAGGCUUUGUGUGAUUUGGGUGCCAACAUUAAUUUGAUGCCGUUGUUGAUUUAUAAGAAGUUAGGUUUAGGAGCGCCAAAACCGACUUCCAUGCAUUUACUUAUGGCUGAUAGAACUGUGACGAGGCUCAUCGGAGUGCUCCAAGAUGUCCUUGUGAAAGUGGGGUCGUUUAUUUUUCCGACGGAUUUUGUGAUACUUGAUUGUGAGGUUGACUUUGAGGUCCCCAUCAUCUUAGGGAGACCAUUCCUCGUUACCGGGUGUGCCUUAAUCGAUAUGGAGAGAGGGCAGAUGAAGUUUCGACUGAAUAAGGAGGAGGUGACCUUUAACAUCUGUAAGUCUAUGAAGUAG